CGCGGGGUUCUCGGCAGCCAGCGGCGGCGCUCCAUGACCCCGGAUCUUCACACCACCCACCCAACAAGCCUCUCCCUGGCCAAGUUUUUACUUUCGCAUUUCGCUGCAUGCAUACAGUACACGCAUGCCCGCGUCCUCGCACACCAAGGCACAUGAAGUACAAGAACCUUGUGAACCUUGUGAACCUUCUAUCACCAGCAAGCUACAGUGCCUACCUUAUGCACCUUCUCCAUUAAGCUUCUGCACCGCAUGAAAAUGUAACGUAUACCAGCCGAUCGCAAUCUUAUCCUUGUAAAUUAUGCAAGAGGUGUACUACGUAAGGUAAGGUAGGGACAGUAUGCGGAGAGAUAAAGAUAUAUAUAUUUCCGAUGGCUCCUCCCGGCGCGGGGUGGAGAUGGUGGCUUGGUGGCGUUUGUUGUCGCUGCUACAGUGCCUGAUUUCUAUCUUUCGUAAACUUGAUUGAAGAUGGGCUUUAUGAGAUUUCUUCUUGCUGCUGCUAUUGUUGUUGUUGGAGUUGGAGGAGGACCAGCUUUUGUGAAAGCUCAGGCGGAAGGUUCGACCUAUGACGUUCUUGAUUAUGUCGAUCAGUUGAUUGGGAGUAGCAAUGGAGGCAAUAUCUUUGCGGGUGCGACGAUUCCUUAUGGUGAGCUGUUCGUGGCGGAGUGGAGAGGUGGUGCUGAUAUUUGCAGGAAUGGCUAAAGCUGUUGCGGACACGGAUUCUGAGAGUAACCAGGGCGGCUUCACGACCGAUGGCGCCAACAUCACAGGUUUCUCAAGCAUGCAUGACUCUGGGACCGGAGGAAACCCAUCCCUAGGAAACUUUGCACUCUUCCCAUAUGCCGGAUGUUCAGGCGACGAUGUGAAUGGGUGCAACUACCCAAAGAAAUCCAGGAAAACCAAAUUCAUCAACAGUACCUUGAAAGCGUCCCCGGGAUACUUCGGACUGCAAAUUCUCAGCGGAGUCCAGGUUGAUAUGACUGCAGCUCACCACACCUCUCUCUUCCGCUUCAAGUUCCCGGCUACGGAUCAGAGCGGAAAUCCUUCUAAACCUUUGAUUCUCCUGGACUUAACGGACCUGUCGGAUUCUCGCCAGGAUAACGGGACGGUGACUGUUGAUGGGACAACAGGUCGAAUGAAGGGAAAUGCUCGCUUUUUGCCCAGUUUUGGUGUUGGGAAUUAUGUCGCCUACUUCUGUGCUGAUUUCUCCGGGGGCACGAUCCGAGAUAAUGGUAUCUUCGCCAACAGCCGAGCAAGUGCUGAUGUCAAGGCUCUGACAAUCUCACGAUCUAUCAACGGAUAUCCUCUUCCUGGAGGAGCUUUCGUCAGGUUCAAUCCGCCUGGUGAUACCGCUAUUCUUGCACGAGUUGGUGUAAGUCUCAUCAGUAGCGAGCAAGCUUGUUCAAGCGCAGAGAAAGAAAUUCCUUCGUUCGAUUUCGCUGCAACACAGAAAGCUGCCGAAGACAUGUGGCGAGAAAAGAUUAGCCCAGUGGUGGUCAGUAGGAAUGGAUUGAAUAAGUCCAUGUUGACAAAUUUUUACUCGGGGAUAUAUCGCACGUUCGUCAACCCGCAAGAUUAUACUGGAGAGAAUCCGCUCUGGAAGAGUGAUGAGCCGUACUUUGACUCGUUCUAUUGUAUUUGGGACUUGUUCAGGUCUCAGAUGCCGUUCCUGACUGUGGUUGAUCCUGCUACUGUUGCACGCCAGAUUCGAUCUCUAAUCGACACCUACAGGCAUGUAGGAUGGCUUCCUGAUUGCCGGAUGAGUCUUUGCAAAGGUCUUACUCAGGGGGGAUCAAAUGCCGACAACGUCCUUGCUGAUGCUUACCUGAAAGGUAUUACCGAAGGCAUCGAUUGGCAGACCGGUUACGAAGCAGUCGUGAAAGAUGCAGAAGUCGAGCCUUACGAUUGGUGCUGUGAGGGAAGAGGAGGACUCGAUAGCUGGAAGUCUCUUGGCUACAUCCCAGUCCAAGACUUCGACUAUAAGGGCUUCGGAACGAUGACAAGAAGCUUGUCGCGGACAUUGGAGUAUAGCUACAACGAUUUUGUAAUUACCAAGAUCGCCGCAGGACUUGGUGGAAGGCAGGCUGAUGUUGAGAAAUACACUGCUCGAAGUGGAAAUUGGAAGAAUCUGUUCAAAGCCGAUCAGACCUCUUUCAUCAACAGCACAAAUACUGGAUUUACGGGAUUCUUCCAACCUCGGUAUUUGAACAGGACGUUCGGCUUUCAGGAUCCUCUCACAUGCAGCAAUAUCGAUACCAAUCCAAACAGCGUUUGCUCUUUGCAAAACACUGCAGGGGAAACUUUCGAAAGUUCGAUCUGGGAAUACUCCUUCUUCGUCCCCCACGACCAAGCAACCCUAAUCACCACAUUCGGCGGCCCAGCAGCCUUCGUCAAACGCCUCGACUACCUCCACGACAAAGGAAUCACCUACAUCGGCAACGAGCCCGCUUUCUUAACAGUCUUCCAGUACCACUACGCCGGCCGCCCCGCCCUCUCAGCAAAGAGAUCACACUUCUACGUCCCAUCGUUCUUCCAACCCACCCCGGCCGGACUGCCAGGCAACGACGACAGCGGCGCCAUGGGCUCCUUCGUUGCUUUCUCCAUGAUCGGGCUCUUCCCAAACCCAGGACAAGACGUCUACCUCAUCAUCCCGCCAUACUUCGAAAGUGUCUCUAUCACGUCACCUGCUACUAACAAAACUUCUACCAUCAGGAACAUCAAUUUCGAUUCGACGUACCAGAAUAUAUACAUCCAGUCAGCGACGCUGAAUGGUCAGCCUUAUACUAAGAACUGGAUUGAUCAUUCGUUUUUCACGGAGGGGAAGGAACUCGUUCUUGUUCUGGGGAGUACGGAGAGUGCAUGGGGGACGCGGGUGGAGGAUUUACCGCCUAGCUUGGGGACGUAUGAGGGGUUUGGGAAUUAUACAGUCAAUGAAACGGAGAGUUUGAGAAAGAGGGAGAGGGAGAGGGAGGUAAGCUAUGUAGAGGCUGAUCUUAGGGGUGGGUUGGGGAAGAAUAAUGGUGGUGCGUAUUGGGCGGAAUGAGUGAUGAGUAUCAAACCAAUUUGCGGAGCAACAAAUUAUUGCUUCUGUGCUGUACCUCACCGCUUGUGCUAAUAAAGCUACUCAAGCCACUAAGAACAAACCGGACAAUCAUCGAAAUAAGUUAACGCUGAUAUAUGUCUCACAAUCCGGCAUAUCCAGGGAUCAUGUGCCUUAGAGGUGUGAAACCUCAUGACAAGCACGACUCAUGACAUCAAAUCAUAGAACGGCAAAUAACAUUCGUG